UUUCUUAAAGUUGAAGAGAAACAAAUGUUUUUUUAUUAAUUGUUACGUUUUAAUUGUCUAAAUGAUUAACUUUUUUUAUUCUUUUCUGAUUAGUUUCUAAUGUGAUUUCAAUUCUCAACUGUCCUUUAUUGAAAAUGGUAACCAUUUACCAUGAGAAACAGCGGAAACAAUUGUGUGCUCUUCAUUCAAUAAAUAAUCUACUCCAAGGAAAUUAUUUUAAUCAACAAGAUUUAGAUUCAAUUUGCUUAAGAUUAUCUCCUGAAAGGCAAAUCUUAAAUCCACAUCGAUCGCUUUUUGGUCUUGGUAAUUAUGAUGUGAAUGUACUAAUAACUGCUCUACAAUCAAAAGGUUUCGAAACGAUUUGGUUUGAUCAAAGAAAAGAUCCUGAUUGUCUCCAGUUUAAUCAUAUUCUUGGUUUCAUAUUAAACGUUGACAAUUCCAAAGUGGACAAUUCAAGUCUCUACAAUUGGAUUAACCCUGUUAAUUUUUUCACUUCCCGGAAACACUGGAUUGCUUUUAGAAAGAUUGAUGAUCAAUAUUAUAAUCUUGACUCUAAAUUAGACAAUCCGGAAAUAGUUGGACAGGAAGAUGAUAUGAUUAAACUACUGAAGAAAAUGUUGGCUCAAGGUGAUUGUCAACUUUUGGUGGUACAGAAAAAAUCAGAUCAACUAAUGAGUGACUUAUGAUCUUCAACUUUGAUCCAAGAGAUUGAGUAUUUUUCCUUGGAUAGAAACUAAUCUUCUU